AUGUCAGAUAUUGGUAUCUCUCCACUCUUCUGGUUACCUGAAAAAGCACAGUACACACCAGAAGAUUUUAUCGAAUAUGACUAUGAGUAUGGGGAUGCAGAUUAUAAAGAAACUGAUUCUGUAACAGAGGGACCCCCACUGUUUGAAGAGACAGUAGCACAAACAGAGGCAAACGUUGUUGAUGGAUUUCAAGAGUAUAGCAUAGCUGAAAAUGACUAUGGGCCCCAGACAGAAGCUCCCUCCAGAACUACUGAAGCAAAUGAGCAAAAUCCUGUUGAAGAAGUAUUUGCUGAAGAAUACAUAACUGGAGAGGAUUAUGAUAAAAAAACUGAGGAAACUGAAUAUGGAAGCAGAGGAGUAGACCUCAGUGAAUCUGAUCUGCUGGUAGAUGGAGAUUUAGGCGAAUAUGAUUUUUAUGAAUAUAAAGAAUAUGAAGAGAAACCAACUGAUUCCACUAAUGAGGAGUUUGGUCCAGGUGUUCCUGCAGAGACCGAUAUCACAGAAACGAGCGUGACUGGACAUGGGGCUUAUGGAGAAAAAGGCCAAAAGGGAGAACCAGCUGUGAUUGAACCUGGUCUUACAGGUCCCCCAGGUCUACAAGGUCCUGUUGGUCCUCCAGGUGACCCUGGUGAAAGGGGUCCACCUGGUCGCCCAGGUCUCCCUGGCGCUGAUGGUUUAGCAGGUCCCCCAGGAACCAUGUUAAUGUUGCCAUUCCGCUUUGGUGGAGACGGUGAGAAGGGCCCAACAAUCUCAGCUCAAGAAGCUCAAGCACAAGCUAUUCUUCAGCAAGCCAGGAUUGCUAUGAGAGGUCCACCUGGUCCCAUGGGACUCACUGGAAGACCGGGUCCUGUGGGUGGACCUGGAGCAGCAGGUGCUAAGGGUGAAAGUGGUGAACCAGGUCCCCAGGGUCCUCGUGGUGUUCAAGGUGCCCCUGGUCCAAGUGGAAAAGCUGGCAAAAGGGGACGUCCUGGAGCUGAUGGUGCCAGAGGAAUGCCAGGAGAACCUGGUGCAAAGGGUGACAGAGGAUUUGAUGGUCUUCCUGGCCUCCCUGGUGACAAAGGUAACAGGGGAGACCGUGGCCCGCAGGGACCUCCUGGCUUACCUGGUGAAGAUGGAUCAAGAGGUCCACGAGGAUUACUGGGCCCCAGGGGUACACCUGGUCCCCCUGGACAACCUGGCAUUGCAGGUGUUGAUGGACCUUCAGGCCCAAAAGGAAACAUGGGUCCUCAAGGGGAACCAGGACCUCCUGGUCAGCAAGGAAUUCCAGGCCCACAAGGGCUUCCUGGUCCGCAAGGUCCUAUUGGACCUCCUGGUGAAAAAGGACCUCAAGGCAAGCCUGGCCUUCCUGGCCUUCCUGGUUCUGAUGGGCCUCCUGGUCAUCCUGGCAAAGAGGGUCAGUCUGGAGAUAAAGGUGCAUUGGGGCCUCCAGGUCCUCAGGGUCCAAUUGGCUAUCCAGGUCCUCGUGGUGUAAAGGGAGCUGAUGGUGUCCGUGGUCUCAAGGGAUCCAAAGGUGAAAAGGGUGAAGAUGGUUUUCCAGGAUUUAAAGGUGACAUGGGCCUUAAAGGUGACAGGGGAGAAAUUGGUCAGCCAGGUCCACGAGGAGAAGACGGUCCAGAAGGUCCAAAAGGUCGAGCAGGUCCAUCUGGGGACCCAGGUGCUGCUGGUCCAGCUGGGGAAAAGGGUAAGCUUGGUGUACCUGGAUUGCCAGGAUAUCCAGGAAGACAAGGUCCAAAGGGCUCAACUGGUUUCCCAGGAUUUCCAGGUGCCAAUGGAGAGAAAGGUGCAAGGGGAUUACAUGGCAAACCAGGCCCCAGAGGACAGCGAGGACCAACAGGUCCAAGAGGCUCAAGAGGUCCCAGAGGUCCCACUGGCAAACCAGGUCCAAAGGGUACUGCAGGCAAUGAUGGUCCUCCUGGCCCACCAGGUGAAAGGGGACCACAAGGGCCCCAGGGACCUGUUGGAUUCCCUGGACCAAAGGGACCUCCAGGGCCACCUGGAAAAGAUGGCUUGCCUGGGCACCCAGGACAGCGGGGUGAGACU